AUGUCCGGGGUAGUGAGGACCCUCAGCCGCUGCCUGCUGCCGGCCGAGGCCAGCGGGCGGGAGCGCCGGGGCGGCGGCGGCAGUCGGGACUCCGAGCGGGAGGCCCGGCGGCGGAGCCGGGAGAUCGACGCUUUGCUGGCCCGGGAGCGGCGGGCGGUGCGGCGCCUAGUGAAGAUCCUGCUGCUGGGAGCCGGCGAGAGCGGCAAGUCCACCUUUCUCAAGCAGAUGCGCAUCAUCCAUGGCCGAGAGUUCGACCAGAAGGCGCUGCUCGAGUUCCGGGACACUAUCUUCGAGAACAUCCUCAAGGGUUCAAGGGUUCUAGUUGAUGCUCGAGACAAGCUUGGUAUUCCUUGGCAGUAUUCAGAGAAUGAGAAGCAUGGGAUGUUCCUAAUGGCCUUUGAAAAUAAAGCUGGGAUGCCCGUAGAACCUGCCACAUUCCAACUAUAUGUACCUGCUCUGAGUGCUCUUUGGAGGGAUUCUGGCAUCAAGGAAGCUUAUAGCCGCAGGAGUGAGUUUCAGCUGGGUGAAUCUGUGAAGUAUUUCCUGGAUAACUUGGACCGGAUUGGCCAGCUGAAUUAUUUUCCUAGCAAACAAGAUAUCCUACUGGCCAGAAAAGCCACGAAAGGAAUUGUGGAACAUGACUUCAUUAUUAAAAAAAUACCUUUCAAGAUGGUUGAUGUGGGUGGGCAGCGAUCUCAACGUCAGAAGUGGUUCCAGUGUUUUGAUGGAAUCACCUCAAUCCUAUUCAUGGUCUCCUCUAGUGAAUAUGACCAGGUCCUCAUGGAGGACAGGCGCACCAAUCGGCUAGUUGAAUCAAUGAACAUUUUUGAGACCAUUGUCAACAACAAGCUCUUUUUCAAUGUUUCCAUCAUUCUGUUCCUCAAUAAAAUGGACCUCCUAGUGGAGAAGGUGAAAACUGUCAGCAUUAAGAAGCACUUCUCAGACUUUAAAGGUGACCCUCAUAGACUGGAGGAUGUCCAGUGCUACUUAGUUCAAUGUUUUGACAGAAAAAGGCGGAACCGAAGUAAGCCACUCUUCCACCAUUUCACCACUGCCAUAGACACUGAAAACAUCCGCUUUGUAUUUCAUGCUGUGAAGGACACAAUCCUGCAAGAAAAUCUGAAGGAUAUUAUGUUGCAGUGAAGGGCAAAGUCCCCUUACUUUUGUCAUCCUUAAAUGGAGUUAAGGGCUAUUGGUCAGAUGAUCUUUGUGCAUGUGUUUGAGCACAUGGGUCUGUGUGUGUGUGUGUCUGUGUGUGUGUGUGUGUGUGUGUGUGUCUGUGUGUGUGAUCUAUAUAGCCCUUGCAUAUGUUUCUAAGAUCCAUGCCAUCAUUUACCCAGCUCAGGAAUGCUUUAAAAUUAGCCAGUCCAAACAGAUGAGCUCUAGGCAGAAGGACUUGGAAACUUUGAUGUUAGCUACUGAUUAUGGGGACUAGGUAAAAACUACUGAAAAACCAAGUGGUUGCUUUGCUAUAAAAGCCUAGUUUGGCAUACUGAGGAACAAAACCUUCUUUUUGGAGAAACAUUAAUUUACCUUUUUUUUUUGACACUUUAAAAAAAAAUAAUCUGAAAGGAGGCUUUUGUUUUUUAAAGAACAGACUCAGUAGCCAUAUGAAUUUCUUUAUCAUUGGCUUUCAGGUAUUCAGUGAACAGCUAACCUGAAUUUUUUGCUCAGACAGUAGUUGUACUAAAAAAUAAAUUCCAACUGAUACUGUUAGCUCAAAGCACAUGAACCUAAAUUGACACAAUCUACCCAGGUUUCGCACAUUGCAUUUGGCUAGGAAUCUAAAUGCCACUUCCCAUGGUAAAUGUAUCGUUACCUUUUAAGACUCACAUGCCAAUUUUCCAAAAGACAUGAACCUAGGAGUUGCAAAUUAAGCUAAGUUGCUAUGCAUAAGAAUUCAUUUCUCUAUACAAAACAAGAUUGUUUUAAAUAAAAGAAGUUAGUCCCUAGCUGACAUGGACUAGGUUUAAUGUUUGCACUACAGAAAUUUGUACAGUUUUUCUUGCCUCAUAGAAAGUUACACUACCAGUAAUGCAACAUGUAAUGGAUUUGUGGCACCAAAGCACACUUUGACAGGGAAUGUUUAGCUACCUACAUGCACAUGGUGUGGGUGCUUUUUUAGCUUCUUUCCUACUUUUCUUGGGGUUCUGACACAUUGGUUGGUGACACUUGGAGAACUUCCUUCUUCCAGAAACAACAGUUUCAGGCCCCUUCCUAUAGAAGCCCCAAUUUCUAGCAAAAUCCAAGCAAAGCAUUUGUUAAUACAGCAGCUGCUUGAUAAGUUCCUAACAGCUGACUUACACAGGAAGCCACAAAACUCCCUGGAGAAAUCGCAGUUUUUCACAGCUGCACUUAUGCCUUUGGACACUAGGGCCUGUUUCAGCUACUCCUUUAAAGCUAACUCUUGUAAAGGAGUUCUGUUCUCUAUUAGUGCAUGUACGUGACAAAUGAAACAGUAUCAGAUCUAGCUAUCUAGAUGAAACUGCAGGAUGCUGUAAAUGUUGGUGUGAACUGGUUAAACUUGUCUAGUUACCUGGUAGGUGCCUUUCACCACUUUGAAAUAUAUGUAUAUUUCAAACCUGAUUCACUCACUCACUACUAUGCAUUACUUUAAUUAAAAGGGGCAUCUGGCAUAAUCAGUUAAUUUUCAAACAUCAAAAAGUUUACUGUGCAACUGGCACCAGUAGUUUUUUAUAUAUGUGUAUGUUAUAUGUAUUUGUAUGUAUAUGUGUAUGUUCGUACACAUAUAUAUGUGCAUGCAUAUAUAUAUAUAUAUAUAUAUAUAUAUAUAUAUAUAUAUAUAUAUAUAUAUAUAUAUAUAUAUAUAUAUAUAUAUAUAUAUAUAUAAACAUUUCUAUCUCUUAAGGGCUCUCAUCAUAUAAACUGACUGAACAAGAUCCUUGAUUUUUGUGUCCCAUUGAGACUCCAUCCUGGUUUGUUCAGCAUACCAGAUGAAUUGCAAUUUAGAUUUAGCCAGUAAUCUGGUGACAGAUUUUGACCCAAAAGAAGAAAAGAAAAAAAAAGACCUCCCCUGCUUUUAACAAAAGGAGAAAACAUGAAAUUCUCUUCUGUGGUAUGCAAGAGCUUAUGUUGAUUUAAAAAAAUAACACCUUUUUCUGGAGACUUCUUUUAAUCCUGUGGGUCUUCAUAGGGAUCAGUUUUGUUAAUGUUUUUAAGUGCUCAUAAUAGUGUUUUGUAAGAUGGGAUUUAAGGUCACAUUUCCAGAAUUUAAUAAUUGUAUGAUUGUAAAAUGAUUAAUUUGCCUGGAUUUAUCAUAAGUUUGUCAGGUUCCAAAGCAAAAUGGAAAUGCAAACUAGUCAAAUGGUGUAGGAAUAUUCUGCACAACUUGGAUGCUGAAUCUCUGUUAUAGCUGCUUUUAUGAUGGGUAAGACAAAAUAUUCCCAAUAGCUGAUGGAGUCAUGUGAAAUACUUUCUGAAAACAUCUUCCCACUUGAUUGUUUAAUUAACUGAUAAGAUUAAAGCAACUUUGCAGAUGAGUAUGAAAUAUUUUUAAACAACCAAAAAUGUUUACUAACCUACUCUUAAGGAAGUAUUAUAAGUAAUAAAAACACUGAAAAUGAUCUAUUAGUCUAUAACACUCAAGAGAGUGAAAAAAGGUCAAGUGACUUGGGUUCUAGUAUCACCUGUUCCACCAACUAGCUGGCUAGCCUUAAAGCAAAUGCCUUUGCCAUUCUGAGCCUCACUUUCUUCUUUUGUAAAACAACCAGAUGGUCUUUAAAUUAUAUGAUUCCAAGAUACCUAUCUUAGAAUUCUCAAUGCGGGGGAGGGUUAGUAACCAUUUACAAGGCUGAUCUAAAACAAUUUGCAAUGUUUCUGCUCUUUAGAAAUUACUGCAUUCAGAUUUGCAGUGUAUUUUAGAUCUAAAGGGAAGGUUUGAGCUAUUACUUUUUGUAAAUUUCAUACCUUUAUUUGCAGUGAUUAUUCUUGAUACCUGUGUUCUAUUUUCUCAUUAAUAUGUUGGGGAAGUAGGGUUAAGGACCCUGGUUAUGAUGGUAGAGGAUAUUUUUUUACACAACUAUGCUUGCAUUCUUACACAUGAGAACAUAAAGCUUUGAUUAAAAGAGCUUAGUUUUUAACUCUUUUGUUUAUAAAAAUUGUGAGUUUUGAAGAUCUUGAAUCCUUAGCUUUGUGGCUUAUAAUACUCUCUAGAACACUUGGGCAUAUAGCUUUUAAAACAACUCCUUUGAUAAAAGGGAAUUGUCAAAUUAUAUUAGCUACAAAUUAAAACACAAACUCUAAUUAAUGGUUUUAUUUAUGAUUGAAUGAGGAGAAGAGUUUCUGAAGGUAUUUCCUCUAGUACUUUUGGUAUUGUUCAGUUGUGGCACCUGUUAACAUUUUGAGAGUUGUAAAUAACUUGACCAUGUCUUACCUUUUGUGAUAUGUUACUGUUAGCUGAGAAAGUCGGAGUGAGAAACUUACCACAUUCUCUUAAUCAUCUUCAGGCUCUGAAUGUUUAUUUAAAAUGUGAUCCAUAAUUUUUUUGUUCCUUUAAUAUUGUGGUUUCACUCAAUAACCAAAAGUGCUUAAAAAAUAAUGGGAAGGUGGGGGGAAAUACACUCCUAGUCUGACUUUUGGAGCUAAAAAACUCAUAGAAGAUAAACAUGAUUUUACUUAGGCUUGUUUGAGACAUUCCUUAAGUGACAAAUUGUUAACCUUUCCAUGAAUCCAGUAAAACCUUAAAGCCACAGCCUUGGGAAAUGCAAAAGCAUCUCAUAUUCAUAGCAGAUGGGAUUUUGAGAACUGCUAUUACAUCCUGAAACCUCUCCCCAAGGAUAAAUACCUAGUAAUCACAGCUUAGUUAAUAAAACUCCAAAAAAUAUCAGCAGAAAGUAAAGGGGCAUCUUCCUGUGCAAAACCUGUUGUGACUCCCUAGAGUGUUCACACACACACCCCAAUCAGUAAACACAGGAAGGGUGACUAUCAUCAGAACUUUCUGAAGAGUUUGAAACAAUUUAUUUUGUUCAAUCCUCAUCCUUUUGAAUAAUUAAAAACAAGAUUACAUAGUGUAUUUUAAACAAGGUCAUGUUUAACAUUGUAGCCAUUAUCUAUAGCCCUGGGCCAGGUAACAGUGUACAUUUACCUGUAGCUACCACAUAUUAGAUAUGAAAAACCACCCCAGCAAAGAGACCAAAGAGAUUCUUAGUGUGGUCAGAAUAACAUUAGACAGGGUAAUGAUCAGCAAUAUAUCCUAUUGCAUAAUGACUUUUGACCAAUAGCUUGCCUCAAGCAAGUUUCCCUGUGGCACAAGAAAGGGUAGUUCUUAAUUCCAAGUUUUAUUGGUGAUUUGAGUAGGUGAACAGAGUGAUUAUAAGCACAAUUUUCUUCAAGAUGUUGGAGAAAUCUUUCAGAUCUUUUAGUGUGAAGUCAGUAAAUUGCACAGGUUGUGCUUAGCCACCCCAUUCUAAAUGGCGCUUUGGAGUCUAAAAGGUUUGCUUUGAAGAAAAGUAUAAAACAUUCUGGCAAAGAAUUCACUUGAACUUCGUAGCUAUGAGACCCUGGGCAAGUCACUUAACCCCCAUUGCCUAGCCCUUACCACUCUUCUGCCUUAGAACCAAUACCCAGAAUUGAUUCUAAUAUGGAAGGUAAGAGUUUUUUUUUUUAAAUGAAUUCAUUUGAAUUGGCUUUCACCAUCAGUUCUAAUGGAGAUCUACAAUGUGGAGGUGGGCAUAGCAUUAAAUAUGCAGUUCUCAUGUUUCCUAUGAGAAUGAGGAGCACUUGCCAAGUUUAUAAUAAAGUCAUUAAACCCUUGUUUAAAGGGAUAUACUGAGUUCCAAAGCUUAGAAGGUUGCUACCUGUAUCAAGGUAACUGAAGAGGAUAAUUUGUACAAAUUGAACUGAAGACAAAUUUUUGCUAGCUUUUAAAGUGUAGUCUCAGGCUGAGUUUGUGUAAUGGUUAUAUUGGGCCUUGAAGGUAAAGCUGCCUGUUGAAAAGAAACUUGGGAAGCUGAUGAUGCUAAAGAUUAAUUGUAUUCUUAAUGUUUUAUAUAACAGGGCUUGAAGAAAGUUGAAACUUAAAUGUGCAUUAUGGGUCAGAAGAAGAAUUCAGAUUUGAAUUCUAACUAUAACAGCAUCUGUGGGGGUACCAACCAAAUUAAGAAAACAUCAGUAGCCUCAACAUCUGAGGAGAGAGUUUAAGGUAAUUAGGGACCAGCUUUUAAUAUUUAUCAUUUUACUAAUUAAUCUAGUAUUUUGUGUUUUGUACAUUCUUUUAAUAUAUCUAAUCAAUUUACAAAAUAUAAUAUGUGCCUGCAGGUGUAAAAUUUCUGUACCUUGAGGUAUAAUUGCGAACACACAUACAGACCCAGCCUUAGAGGCAAGAAGGCUCAAGCCCUGCCUCUGACAUUUCCCCGCUGUGUGAGCCUGGGCAAGUCACUUAACCUUUUCCUGUCCCAGGCAACUCAGGUUUUGCAGAGCAAUUGCAGAGCAGUUGCCAAUCUGUGUUGGUAGAUGGACUCCUCUCACCUGGGGUUCCCUUCACCAAUGAAAUAAUAGAUCUAAUCCCCCACACCACUUUAGUUUUCCCAAAAAAGCAUAAUUACACUUCAAACCUCCAGUAUUUUCUAUCUUCCCCUUGAUUGGCUAUUAUAGAAUACCUCAAACUCAACAUGGCUCUGAAGAAUAAACAGCAUGUAUAGACUAGCACUGUUAACUAAAACUUGAAACCUGCCUGGAGGAAAAAGUGACCUGGUCCAGAAUACUUGUUGAUUAUGAAAUGCCCAAUGCAUGAAAAAUAGCCUCUGUUUUUGCAUUGCUUCUAAACCAGGCACUAAGAGGAAUUGAUGUAGUUUCUCUUUUCUAAACAUUUAGAUAUGAAGUUUCCUGGACAAAUAACACAUUUCCACUAAGCAACAAAAAAAGGAGAGAAAAAAGCCAAGAAAUACCUUGUAACAAACUCAUAGUCUGUAGAACUAUCCCCAGAAUACCAGAACCUCACUGGCUUUGGUGGUUCAUAGUGAUUCCCUGAAUGAAUGAGAAUAGAACACAAGUCCUCACAGGCCAAUAAAUUUCUCUUGCUCUGGAAGGGGUCAUUGUUCCCCUUUAGUAAGGACUUUAGAUGGGGAUGGAGUCAGUAAUAGGACCUACUAUUCUGAAAAACUACAGAAGAUACUGUAGAUCACCAGUAAGACACCAGACUUUUGAAAGAUUAAUGAAUUUGACGAUGAUCUUAAUAUUUUGUCUUGACCAUUCAUACUGUGUUACUUCUCAGAAAGAUACCAUAGAUGUUGAACAAAAAGACAUUGGAAGGUCUGAGAUUCUCAUUUUAAAAGAAAUCCUAGUCAUCAUUCAUAAUGAACUCUGCUGGGAUAAUGUGGAAAUUUAAACUUGAUUUCUCAGAUUUAGUCAAAUUCCAGUCCUUGUCGAACCAGAAAAUCCAGUUAUAUCCUCUGAACAAGAUGGAAAAGGUAUUUGGUGCUUUGAAAAGUAGUUUUCUUUCUCAUACAUUGUACUUUUUUAGUUAAUCCAAGUGAGCUGCCCCAAGUUUUCACUUUGGUCUGUUAUUUAAUUAGGAUUUCCAAAUGAAUCAAAGUAACUCCAUACUUUGGCAGUCAAUUGAUGUAAAAAAAUAACUGUGCACCCCGUUUGUUAGUAUUGUCAGCAAAGAGGCCAGUAGACCAAAGAACCAAACCAACCUAUGCAGAAAUGGAGUUGUUGAGUUGGUGAUUUGAGGGGAGGCUUUCCUUUUCCUGGCCUGGGCCUGUUCUCUGAAAAUAAAGGCCCACUGUUCCCUAUGCUGUUACUGUGGCGCCUUUUUAUUAGCACUGAAUUCACUUUAUUUUAAUAAUUAAAAAGCUGCCGUGUUUCACCCAAGUGGACAGAAUCCCAGCAGUUCAGAGUCAAGGUGGAUGUUUUCCUGUGGAAACUCCCAGAGCUAUAUUUUCCUGAGGAUUCUCAGAAAUCCUGUCUGCUCCAAAGGGCUCCAGCUUUUGUCUGCCUGAGUCAUUUUGGACAGUAUUUCUCAAGGUAGACUAGAGAGAAUUUUCACAGGGUAAUACUGACUGACCUGGAAGUCACAAGAAAAGUUCAUCUCUGAACACACAACAAAAUGUUCAAUGUGUAUUUGAUGCCAAGUAGUUAAGAGGUAUGGACCUUUCUGAGUAGACUGUAUAAAUAAUUACUACAAUCUCAGUCUUGGCAGGUGGCCAGGGUUUACUUCUAGUUGACUUCAGAAUAACCCCAGUCAGAAAGGAAGAGGCACAUCUACCUCUGAGAACAGGCUUGCUGGGCAAAGGCCAAACUACCCAACAGGGAGGAUCCAUUUUCUGACCUUCUCUACUAAAUGCUGCUCCCUAAAAUUUCAGCCUCCAUCCUGAAGCAGUUUUGUCUCAGGGUUAGUCUGUACUGUACCUUUCAUAGAAACAGCCUAGGAGAGUUCAGCAGCUGGAGAGUUGCUAUGUUUUAGAAUUGCUGAAAAUGCCAACAUCUCCUUUGAAUAUUUUUGUCAGGAAACAUCCCCUAAUGAACUGAGCCAUUUAAAAUUCUCCUACACAGCUUGUGAUGGCAUAUAAGAUCUUUGCCACAAAGCAACUUUUAUCCUUUUUUUUAAAACAGGGAAUAAUAAGCAAAGAAAACUUGAUCAUACUAGAGACUAUGGAAUUCAUUUUUCAAGUUGAACUAGACUAAAGUCUGAAAAUGAAACUAAUUAAAAUUUAGCCCCAGUUUUAUAUGAGCUUGGCUACAUAUUUGCCAGACUGCCUUACAAAUGGAUUGGCAAAACCAUGCAUCUAUUUUUUCAGCAUACAUUUGAUAGAUUGUCACAGGUUACACGGUUAAUUGCAGUAUUCACCCCCAGCCUAUAGAAUCCUUGAGAUUGCAGGAUAGAUGUGCAUUGCCCAAGUUUACAUGCCCAGUUUUCAUUUUGCCUGCUAGAUUACAGUGGUUGCUAACAAAGUCUUUGUGGGUAAAAGAAAACUCUUGCCUUCUUUUGGAUUUGUUGAACAUUAGAAUUGUUAAUAAUGACACUGAACUAUUAUGUGAAUUCUUUACACACUUGCAUAAUGUGCUUUUUCUCUUUAACACCAUUUAAAACCAAAUAAAAUUGACUGGCUUGCUAUUUGGUGUUGACACAACCCUCGCCAGGAAAUUCAGUGUUAAUAUGCUCCAUCUUCUAUUCAUUGCCACUCUGUCCUUAGCUCACCCUAUCAAUCGGUGCUUUGGGUUAUUGUAGCAUUUCCUAUGCAGCCUCACACACAACUCUGAGCACAGCACAAUAUUCCUGCAGAAGGGGUGAGUUAAAAGACGACAGUCUAGCCUUAACACUUUAAGUAUUCACAAGAGGGAAACACUUUUUAAUAAAGGUUUUACAUACUAAACAAGAAUACCAAGAGAUGCAUAACAUGAAUGCACCAUAGCUGACUUCUUAUUUUUAAAGUGUCUGUGUAGCACCAGAACAGCAUCCACAAUAGGUGGUCAACUUUGCUGUGAUAAAGUCUCAAUUUAUGAAUAAAUACUGUGUACUAGAUUAAAAAUAUAUAUUGUGAAGUGUAAAAAGUGUAUUUUAUAGCUACGGUGGAUUAGUUAAUGUGUUUUGUAUAUAUGAUUUUUAUAAAUCUAUUAAAACUUGCCUUACAUUA